GAAACGGAGUGACGAAAAGAGCUGCGGAUAAAGCAUUAAUGGAGGUUUGAAACUGAUAAGGUAGAGAGAGAGAGAGCAGCUGUAAAUUAAGAAAAUUGCCGGAAAUGAAGACAGGUUUAGUCCACGAUCAAAAUCUGGAAAAGCAGAUGGGAUGCAUGGCCGGAUUCCUCCAGCUGUUUGAUCGUCACCAGAUUCUCUCCGGAAAACGCCUCUAUGCUACCAAACGCCUUCCUCCAUCUCCGGCGGUUGAUUCCACAUCCCAGUCGGAGAUAUCAAUCGGAUCUCCAGCUUAUUCCAGAGAACUUCAACAGCAGCCGCACCAACAAGAGCUACCACAGCCUCGAACGUCGCCGGAAUGUACCAAAACUCCCCCGGGAAUCCUCUCGCCGUUGCCGGAAAUGUCAGUUUCGGCAGAAAGUCCGGCAAGAACGCCUCUUCCGCUUUCGGUUUUCGAAUUCAAGGAAGGUUUGAGGUCUUCUUGGAAGUUCAAGGAUGCACCGAGGCUUUCUCUGGAUAGCAGGGCAAGCUUUGAUGGAAAAGGAAGUCUGCGUCCCAAGGAGAUCCGAACGAACGCGGCGAUUCUCUCGGCAACUCGAUGCGAUGGCUCUUCAGAAGUGACUGUAGCGGAGGAUAACGAGAAACAGCGUCGUUCGCCAAGCGUCAUUGCCCGGCUUAUGGGGCUCGAAGCUCUCCCUGACUCCGCUGGCGAAGUUCCUAGCAAAGCUGAGUUGCGAAGGUCUGCAUCAGAGUCUAGGGUCUCCAGGGAUCUGCUUCAUCAUCGAUUCACUGACGGGAACAAUUUCCAGCAGAAGCUGCAGCCCUUCCAGACAAACUCUGGAAGCAACGCCAAAAGAGACAAUGCAGCUCAAGAAGAUAAUAAACCGAAUUUGUUUUUCCGGACACCGGACUCCGUUGAUUUCUGCAUCAGGAAACGGAAAACCGAGCCACAGAAACCUCCAAGUGGAGGCUUGUCUGCUUCGUCGUGGAAGUCGCAGCAGCAACGUAAGAGCUUCUUUGAUUCGCAGGAUUUCUUUCCGGAGCCAAAACCGAGGGGUUCACUCUACGGGGAGAUCGAGAAGCGGUUGAAGAUGAGGGGAAUCGAUGAACCAGAAAAGGAUCUGGAGGCCUUGAAGCAGAUCCUCGAAGCUCUGCAGCUCAAAGGGCUUCUGCACUCUAAAAGACCGGCGGAGCAAAUCGGGCACCGAAAUUUCGUGUACGAUCGGAUAUUGUACGGCGAAGAAUCUCCGAUAGUCGUCAUGAAACCUUCCCGCUCCACGGUUUCAACCAAUCGGGUUGGAAGAACAGGAACAGACUCCCCUACUUCGAGUUUCAGAUCUAGAGCUGGAGUUCGUCGGAAUCUAAACCUAUCGGGUGAGACAUUGCCGCCGGUAACUCCGAGGCUCGACCGCCCUGAAACCGAUAGAAAUCUGCAGAAGGCAAGCAAUUCAAGGAACGAGUCCGGGAAAAAAAGUCCGAGUUCUCUUUCCAGGCGAAAACCGUUGAGCAUUGAGACGCAGAGGAGAGCAAAUGAUUCCGUGGAGCAGCGAAGGAGCUCUCCCGUUCAUUCUCCAAAGAUGAUCACAAAGAAGGUCGGAUCUGAACACGCGACAAGCAGAUCACCGAGGAACAGAAAGCCGGUGACUGAGAUUUCACCACAAGAGAGAAUUUCGAGUCCAAUGGAGUUUGAGUCGUCCACAAGUUCUGAGGGCAGUAUCAGUACGUCUUCUCAAGUCGACAUGGAGUUGCAGAGACCGAAAAUGGAGGAUUACAAGGACGGGAGGAGCUUGUUGGAGAGGUGCGAUAAACUGCUCCACAGCAUAGCGGAAAUGACAGCAGCUGAGUUGCAGCCGAGUCCGGUUUCAGUCCUAGACUCGUCCUUUUACAACGACGAGUCCCCAUCACCAAUCAUGAAAAGAUGUAUAGACUUCAAAGAUCAACCAGUAGAGCAGGAAGAUGAGAACUGGAGCUCAGUGAUCUCGCCUGUCCGAUUGAAACCCGAAGAAGAGAGAUCAGAUGACGGGGAUUUCCUGUAUGUGUCGGAGAUCCUACGCGCUUCCGAGUGCCUCCCUGAAGACUCUGACGUCUUCUUGUUACUCGAGAAACAACUUUACAAACCCUCUAACUCUUCUAAGGUAUCCAUGCUCCACCGGAAGCUUGUGUUUGACACAGUCCGGGAAAUCCUGGACAGAAAGAAACAAUUGCCGCCAUGGAAGGUGGUGUCAGAGAUGAAUUGGAUGACCGGGAAGCCAGCCUUGAGGCAGAUAUGGUCGGAGUUCAGGAGAGUAAGAGAGAGGGAACCGGCAGAAGACCUGUUCGAGAUCAUCUGCGGGGUGCUGAGGAAGGACAUGGCCGGAGAUUCCAUCAAUGGCUGGGGAGAUAGCCAAGUGGAGAUAUCGGAUGCGGUUCUGGAUAUCGAGCGCUUGAUUUUCAAGGAUCUUGUCGCCGAGACCAUCCGAGAUCUCGCUUCUUUUGCCGGGAAAAACCGAGCCCUGGCGUAUCGAAGGAAGUUGGUCUUUUGAAAGAUUUGGAAAGUCAGGUCUUUUCGCGCGCUUUCUUUGGCUCUUGUAAUUUUUAAUUAAUGGGUUUAUUUUCUCUAUCUUUUCUCUCUGUUAAUUA